AUGGGGCAUUAUGAAUCUGCAGAACUCAGAAGAGAAGAAAAUGGUACACUGGGUCCGCUAGGCUUAAAGUUAAGAGAUCCCUGGCGGCGGGGAGCGCUGGCGGAGCCGGCUGGCAGUUACUCCUGCAUGGCGGCGGUGCUGGCUUUUUUGCUCUUCCUGCUGCCCACCAGUUGCCCGGCGGUGGGCGCGCAGAACGACACCGAGCCCAUCGUGCUGGAGGGCAAGUGUUUGGUAGUAUGCGACUCUAGCCCGUCCGCCGACGGCGCCAUUACUUCAUCGCUGGGUAUCUCCGUGCGCUCUGGCAGCGCCAAGGUGGCUUUCUCGGCCACGCGCAGCACCAAUCACGAGCCGUCUGAGAUGAGCAACCGCACCAUGACCAUCUACUUCGACCAGGUAUUAGUUAAUAUUGGGAACCAUUUUGACCUCGCUUCCAGUAUAUUUGUAGCACCAAGAAAAGGAAUCUAUAGCUUCAGUUUCCAUGUUGUAAAAGUAUAUAACCGACAAACUAUCCAGGUCAGUUUAAUGCAAAAUGGCUAUCCCGUGAUUUCUGCUUUUGCUGGAGAUCAAGAUGUUACCAGGGAAGCAGCCAGCAAUGGAGUCUUGCUCCUGAUGGAAAGAGAAGACAAAGUGCAUCUCAAGCUGGAGAGAGGGAAUCUCAUGGGAGGAUGGAAAUAUUCAACCUUUUCAGGGUUCUUAGUCUUUCCAUUAUAA